AUGACCAGGCGAGACCCUUUUGCAGUUCUACCAGGGCCGGUCCUGGGGAUGAUACUUGUGGGCUUGGAGGACCUUGCAUCUCUUCAUAGACUCUGUUCUCAAUCGCCCACCAUUUUCUCUUUACUCCAUGAACAUGGCACCGCAACACGAAUUAUCGAGGCAAUAAUGAGUAUCAGCGUGCCACAACAAACCCAGGUCUUGAUUCGAAAAUUUGCGUUUCUACGAUGGAAUAUCCGGUCCAUGUCAGUAUGCGAUAUCCUGGCCGCGGCAGCAACCAUCCGAUAUCUAGCCCAUGCCGGUAUGCAUGAGAUGAUCAAUCGCUGCAUGUCUCUGGAGUUGUUACGUAUGCAGAACCCAAGGAGAUAUAUUCGCAAUCCACAUCGUACGCCAUCAUUGUGGACCUCAGAAUACUUCCCUGUCCCAAAGCCACCUCGAGAACAAUGCCAGCAGAUUGAUGUUGGGCCGCCGUCCACAAUUGAGGAGCAACGAGCCAUUCGUGCUCUUUGGCAACUUUUCCUGAUAUGGGAGCUACACAGUGCCGUUAGUGAGCCAAAUUCUCGCUGGGACUGGGCCCCCAAUGAGUUUCAUCAGUUGCAAGACUUACAUUUUGAUGAAAUCUGGAAGCACUCUCUGCCAAAUAAAACCCGGGAGCAAAUUAAGACCAUGGCUGAUUGUAGCUGUCUCUUUCCUGCUCUAUCCUCCCCGAUGGAAAAAUACCGAGCUGCCAGAUCCCUCGCGCGCAGUGAGCAAUGGCGUUGUCAAUACGACUUCCCCCAUCCUGCUAUACCCGAUCUUGAUAAUGAUAUGGAGUUUGACAUCGGUGCUCCAGGAUAUCGCUUUGUGCUUGGUGAUCUUUCUGGAUGGUACACAUCACCCGCCCGGUAUGUGGAGUUUCGUGUCUAUCGUCGUUUUGGUUUUGCAAUUUGGGAUUAUAAGCGGAUGGAAGGGCUCGGACUUCUGUAUCAAGAGUCAGAUGGUCCUCGGAUGCCCCAGAGCCCCAGGGGGGAACCAGAUCUGUAUGUCCGAUGGGAAAGUAUUUUGAGUGAGGAUGAUUUGGAGGAAAUCGAGCGCAAAAGGAAGCAUUUCUGGCCAGGCAGAGAAAAGGUCAAAAUGGAACUUCCAUGGUAA